AUUGCAUAGAACGGUGUCAAACCCUGUUAAAAUGGACACAAACCACCCCGGAUCAGCGGGCGGCAGAGGAGGAAUCGGUAGUAUUUUCGGCGGAGGAUCCCCCGGUUAUUCUCACUCAGAUCUUGCUGGCGUGCCAUUAACUGGAAUGAGCCCUCUUUCUCCAUAUUUAAAUGUGGAUCCAAGGUAUUUAGUUCAGGACACUGAUGAAUUUAUAUUACCCACUGGUGCAAACAAGACUCGUGGCAGAUUUGAGUUGGCAUUUUUUACAAUUGGGGGUUGCUGUAUAUCAGGAGCAGCAUUUGGAGCACUGAAUGGUCUGAGGCUUGGAUUUAAAGAAACCCAGAACAUGGCCUGGUCCAAACCCAAAAAUGUUCAGAUUUUAAAUAUGGUUACAAGGCAGGGAGCACUAUGGGCUAACACCUUGGGAUCUUUAGCAUUACUGUACAGUGCCUUUGGGGUUAUUAUAGAAAAGACACGAGGAGCAGAGGAUGAUCUCAACACUAUAGCUGCUGGCACAAUGACUGGGAUGCUCUACAAAUCCACAGGCGGUUUGCGUGGUGUGGCUCGUGGUGGAUUCGCUGGUUUGGCUCUUGCAGGCGCGUUUGCGCUAUAUAAUAACUGGGAACACAUCAAAGGCUCUUCGUCACGAGUGUCAUUAUAAUAUAAACUUUCUGGACUGCAAAAAGAGAAUCUGUAAUCAUUCUUGUGAACGCUUACUUGCUGUAUAUAGUACCAUUCUGCUUCAGGUUCCACAAGCCGAGUCUGUUUUAUGAAGCCUUUAUCCUCAGUCCAAAAACCCGAUCUAGCCGCACAUGACUUUCAAAGAUAAUUUGGCCACAGCCUUUCAUAUGCAGUGCUCUCCUCGUGUCAUAAAUAAAAUAUUUGUGUACAUUUUCUGCUAUUUAAAUACAAUAUACAAGUGCACAUGUAUAUCUAAAAGUUGUUUAAUUUUGACCUUCUCCUGAAUUUUUAUUGCACAUACCUACAAGCUGUAUAGAUCUUGUAUGUGCUGCAAGGUAGAGUAGUAAUGCUUUAUUACAAAGAAAUACCUAUGGGACUAAAAAUGAAACCAGCUUCAUCUGUUUUGAAUUCAAUUCAAGCAAGUCGCUAAGUAACGUGUACUUUAUUUUUGUUUUUAUGAUCUUUUUCGAAGUAAAUUCUGUUUAACCAUAAAAGUCUUACCUUAUAAAAGGUAUUCAUCCAUAGAUAUUGUAAAUAUAAUUGAUGAUAUAAUCUAGAGGCAUUAAGUGGGGACCCCCUCUCUGGUCUACAGAACAAGGUGUUUAUUUUUAAUUGAUCAAUGUGUUAGUGAGUUUUCUUAUAUACUGUAAAAUACAGUUUUAAUUCUGUUAAUGUAA